UGCAAUAAUGGUAUCUGGAAAUGCUACAUGUCUAUGGGAUAUUCAAAAAACGGAUCGCAUUUCGCUCACAGCGACAUCAUAUCGAUAUGAUCGCGGGGAAUGGUAUUAUGGACUAUUAUCCAUAACGUACCCUGACUUUUGUAGAGCACUGUUUGAUGAAAGAGAAUUCCUUUACAUGUAUUGGGGUAAAUUCAUCAACAAUAAGAAUGAAAUCAAGGACAAAUGUAUUAAUGUACCCGGUACCAAAAUAGUUUUUGAACCUUUUGAAGAAAAUAUGAUAUUCGAUUAUCCAGGUCUUCCAGUAUAUGGACUUUUCAAGAUGGAGUUAACAUUUAAAGCUUACAACAAACAGAGUAAGCAACGACCAACUUCUGUAUGUACCGAAAUAAUUGGUGAAAUGAACAGACUUCCUUCAAAAAAUAUAUUUUGA